CAUUCCAACAAAAACUUCUGUUGACGAGCCCAGUGCCUCCGUCGCCGGCACCGUUCUUCCGUCGUCGGCUAACCUCCCGUCGCCCUCAAUCGUCGGAAAACAAUUCAGUUUAUUUUUUCCGGCCAGUUUUCCAGUUUCCGGCAAGUUUUCCAGUUUCCCGGCAAGUUUUCCAGUUUUCCGGCGAAAAACAGGGCGGGGCGAAAAAAAACUGGGGCCUAAACGCCGCCGAGCCGAAAAAAAUUUUCGGCCAGUGCGACGGCCGGCCGAAAAAUUCUUUCGGGUCGCCGCGGCCGCAAAUUUUUUUCGGCCGGUCGCCGACCUCGCCGCCCAAAAAAUUUCCGGCGGCGUGUUCGUCGGCCGGUCGAAAAAAAUUUGCGGCCGUGGCGUCGCCGGGCCGAAAGAAAUUUUCGGCCGGCCGUCGCACCGGCCGAAAAAGUUUUUCGGCCCGACGACGCACCGGCCGCAAAUUUUUUUCGGCCGGCCGACGCACCGGCCGCAAACUGUUUUCGGCCCGGCGGCUCACCGGCCGCAAAAUUCUUUCGGCCCGGCCAGUUUUUGUAUUUAAUUUAAUUUAAUACGAUAAUUAAUAAAUAAAUAAAUAAAUAAAUACUUAAUUAGUUAGUAGAAAUUAGCAAUUAGUGUUAAUAUUUAUUUAAGUUGGUGUAUAAAUGUUUUUUUUUGUAAUAGGGGUUUGAAUGUUUAAUUACUUAGAUUAGUUAAUGGAAUUUUAAUUAAUUAAGAAUUGAUUUAACAAUUAAUGUUAAUAUUCAGUACAUUAGUUAAUAGAAAAUUAAUUAAUUUGUGAUUAAUUAACAAUUAAUUUUAAUAGUAUAUUAGUUAAUAGAAAUUUAAUUAAUUUGUGACUAAUUAACAAUUAAUGUUAAUAUUACAUUAGUUAAUAGAAAUUUAAUUAAUUUGUGAUUAAUUAACAAUUUAUGUUAAUAUUACAUUAGUUAAUAGAAAAUUAAUUAAUUAGUGCGCAUCUAAGUAUGAUAUUUUGUAAAUUUGUAGAUAAUUAGAUAUGGAUGAUGCGGGUGAUGCGGGUGGGGAUGAGUUGUAUAGAUUCAAUGGUAGGAUUGUUGAUGCAUCAGCACGAAUGAAGAAUAAGGAGAAUAAGCGCUCUCGAGAUAUUGGAUAUCAGUCACAGGCAAAUUUAGGGGAGGCUCCUACUGUAGUUGCUCGUUCGGCAUCACGGGCGUCUGGUUUCCAUGGGAGGAACCAGGGUGCUGCAUCGAGAGUGGUCUCGGCUGAGUUUGAUGAGGACGAUAAUGAUAAGGAUAUCGAGGUCCCUCCACCUACGCGUGGACAUGGACGAGGGCCGUCUUGUACGGCAACAUCACGUCCUGCUAUGUAUAGGGACCGAGCUGGGCGAUUUGUACCACCUGCUCGUCAGGAGACAGAGAGCUCGGGGACUGGACGGAGUAGGGGAGGACGUUCGAGUGGUCCUCCACCGUGGGAGCUUGUUGGUGAGUGUCCUGGUGGACCUACGGAUCCUAGCCUCAUUAGGAGCUUUCGUGGCCACGUUGCCUAUGCGCUUUGGACGGGGGCUGGAGAUCGAGGGGUCAUCAGUUGCUACAGCCGUACAUCGGCGGUUGCUUAUUGUAGUAGCUACGUGUUUAGUCAUGUUGAGGCGGAGGAUCUGGUUCAGCAGUCAGGUCUCCAGCACCUGAUGUACUCUAUGUUCCGCAAGAUAGCGAUUGACGAGGCUUUGAUCUCAGCUUUUGUGGAGAGGUGGCAGCCAGACACGAACACCUUCCACUUGCCUUUUGGAGAGAUGACGAUCCUCCUCCACGAUGUUCAGUACUUACUGCAGAUUCCUGUUGAGGGACGUCUGAUGAGUAGGAGUUCUGCGCAGCUUGACCAUCCGGAGGCUGGUUUGUGUGCGCUUCUUGGGAUGAACUCGGAGCAGUUGAGUGGUCGUGCGGAGGUCCCUGGAUAUAAUAAUAGAGGUAAGUGGUACGAGAAGGGUGGUUUUCUUGCAGAGAUGGCGUCCAGAUACUUGCAGAGCCACGGGACACAUGUGACAGAGGCGCAGUCGUACUUGUUGUUGUUGUUGGGGUCCACUUUGUUUGUGGACAAGAGUAGAGACAGGGUUCGGUCGGUGGUGAACCUAUUUUUGGACGAGUUGGAGGAGUUAGAUCAGUAUAGUUGGGCGUCAGGUACACUUGCUUGGUUGUACAGAUACCUUGGUCAGGCGUCUCGUGCUGGUGCCAGAGGGGUGGCUGGUUGUCUCACACUUCUGCAGUGUUGGAUCUACGAGUACUUUCCGGGUUUCAGGCCAUCUCACUUCGAGCCUGCCGCCGUUGGAACUGAUGAUGCUUGGGCUUCACGAUGGAUUGGGCAGCCGGCACCUGGUUCUGUGGCUGAUCCCAGUGUGAGGUUGGCGUUCUACCGUCGAGCUCUUGACAGCUUGACCCCUUCUGAUGUGUUUUGGACACCUUUCCAUCAGAGGCCUCAUCAGGCAGUGCGUCGCUCUUUGUACACUGGAGUCAUCCGGUUCGCUGACAUAGGCGAGUUCUAUGAUCCAGCCCGUUGCCUCCGACAGUUUGGAUAUGUUCAGAUGGUACCGCCUGCCCCUUCGCGUCCUCAGCGAGCAGACCGACCAGAGGCACCUGGUGGAUAUGUCAUUCGGAUUCCUGAGAGUUUUGAUGCUGCAUGGGAUGCUCUACUAUCCCACAUGGUUCAUAUAGACAUGUACUCUCAGCCGUGGACGACGUAUCCAUAUGAGACUACGAGAGACUAUCUUGACUGGUUCGUGGCGCACUCUCAUUGUAGAGUCCUACGGGAUGAUGGAGAUGAAGAUCGACUAGUUGACUCCUCAGAAUCCAUCCAUCGCCCCGGUGGUGCGGAACCCGCCUCUAGCCAAUUGAUGCGGUCAAUGUGAGCUAGUGGACCACCAUUAUACAAGUUCUCGUACUUCUCGAGUCAAUGAGUAUGACGUACGGCCAUGCAUGCAACAUCUGAAUGGACGUCGGGUGCGCAAAAAACAGAUUAGUGAGCACAUUAUUAGAGUCCUUUUGCAAACAGAUAUGGUACCCACGAUGUUCAGCUCCGUGAAGCGCAAACUGUAUCGCAUCCAUUUCACCCAUCUCAUCCAAUCUUGUCUUGGAAUUUAUGUUGUACAUCUGUUUGAUAUCAUGAUGCACACCCCCUUCAGUAUUGAGUGUCGUCUUCUGCUGAUUUGGUCUCACCCCCGCCUUCCUCAUUAAUCUUAACCUCUCUUUUUCAGCCUCACUAAACUGUUUGUUGUGUCAGUGAUGUUCUGGAUACAACACCUUUUCAUGGUUGUGAAACCCUCUAUUAGCUCCGGUUUCACGACUUGUCACUCCCACCAUGACCCAUGUGUUUGGACCAUCCUUUUGCCAUACUUCCUUUAUACAUAUCUGAAACUGGCAACCAGUACCCUUCGAACUAAUAUUCCCACGCGUCUCCUUCGUAGGGUCUGGUUUAUAAGACUUAACGAUCCUACUACUUCUGUCGCAAUACAUACAGAGGGCAGUAACAGGAUUCUGUCCAGCAGUAUUCGGUUUCCAUGCUCCUCUAACAAUAAAGAACCCACACUGCUGAGCGAUUGUUCUUGCAGCUAACUCAGCUAACUCCACACUUGCAUAAUGGAUCCCAUUCUCAAAUUCCUGUGUGUAAUCAUGAUCGGCCGGUAACAACUCUGACAUUUUCCCUACAAUUACAAUAUAAUAUAUCAAUAUUCCUGUGAACCUAAACGCUAAUUUCAAUUCUUAACCGCUAAAUUCAACUCCUAAACUCUAAAUUCAAUUCUUACACGCUAAAUUCAACUCCUAAACUCUAAAUUCAACUCCUAAAAUCGAAUUUUCCGAAAAAUUGCAAAAACAGACUGUGGGCCGAAAAUUUCCGGUGGCCGGAACCUGGCCGGGCCGAAAAUUUCCGGCGGCCGGAACCUGGCCGGGCCGAAAAUUUCCGGUGGCUGGAACCUGGCCGGGCCGAAAAUAUCUUGCAGCUUAGCCUGGUUCCGGCCGCCGGAAUUUUUCGGCCCACCGUCUGUUCGUUUCAAAUCGUCGGAAAAAUUGUUCGAAACUACAAAAAAAUUACGCACCUGCUUAGUGAUGAUUCAUUGAUGCGAGUACGCAGUAUAUGUCGAGGAUAGGCUUUCCCGAUGAUUUUCCGGUGACUUUUCCGGCGAGCGUUGAAUUUUUCUGAUUCAAUUCAUUCUCUGAAAGUUUGAUAUGUUGUAGAUUGUGAAACUCCUUACCCAAAGAUGUAUAUAUAUACUUUUUUUUUUUUUUUGAUUGACGGCAAAUAGCAAUUUGGUUGACGGCAAAUAGCAAGCCCCAUAAACAAAUAUGCACUUGCCGCCACUCUACCCGAUCCGUUACAUUCUUAUACCUAACCGCCUAUCUAAAUUAUGAAAUCUACGCGUUAUUGAAGAGUGGAGAGCAUCUUUCCGUUUUCGAAGGUUAAUGAGACAGCAUCUUUAUUCUUUAGUGUCUGAAUUUAACGAAGCAUGCAAAUGCAAUGUAUCAGAUGACUCGGUUUUAUAGUAUAAUAACCAGGUCCAAGCUGUCGUAAUUACAGAUUUUUUCAAACAACAAAGAUGUUUAAAUAUGAAGUGGUUGGUGAAAGCUGGUCAUCAAUUGUAGGAGCUAUUUGACAAACUUGGUCGCAGUCACGAGGUCGCCACGGUGCUCCACAACAUCCUAGAUCAACGGCGUCGCUAGGUUAAUAAUGAUCAUGUUGCAACCUUAACAACAUCGUGGUGGAUAACACCUUAGCGAAUCCGACAUCGCGAGUUUGACAACAUCGUGGUGCAAAGCCACGACGUUAUUCCAUAAAAACAACUUCGCAAU